AUGGCUGAUACAGAAGCCAAUCCAGCAUGGUUGCAGCACCAAGAAGCAGCUGGUGCUAUCGUCGUUGCAUCAUCUGGGCUAGCAGAACGAGAGGCAGAAGACACUUCUGAGGAUGAGGGUUCAGAGUCUGAGGAUGAUGAGAUCGAGAGAGACUAUCCUCCUGGCCCUAUCUGCGCGGAGAAAUGCACCCUUGGAGGUCCUGGGUACACUGGAGGAGCUGCUAAAUCAACCGUAUCAUUCUUUGUCACAGCCAAGGAUGAGCGGGGAACCAGGAUCAGGGAGGGUGGGGCAUACUGUGUUGCCACCGUGCGCCCUGGAAAUGCUGCCCGUGCAGCGGGUGCCGAUAUCGUCACUGCAUCCGUAAAGGACAACAACGACGGAACUUACACUGCCAGCUACUCUGUUGCAGCACGCGGAGACUAUGAGGUGUGA